AAUUCAUCGGUCAAAAAUUACUGUUUGAGUUAUUCGACUAGAACCCUUUGCAUUGCAGGAUGGGCAGCCCUGAAUAGGGAAGUCGCAGAAACCGGUUGAAGUGCAUCAGAAAUAGUGUAGUGUAUAAGUGCCACAUUGUGCAUGCAACAGUGCACAUUUGAGUGCCUCAUUGUGAAUGCAGCAACAGUGCACCGAUUGAUUGCAUCGGAACAGUAGGCACGGCCUUAAAUACAAGUUGAUGUCAAACUGAUACUAUUCCAUUUAUUUGUGUAUUUGUGUAUGGCUGAUAUUUUGAGGAUCGUGCAGCCAGCAACGAGUCUACUCGUAUGAAUCGUUGGAGUUUCCGACUGCCGUUUGAAUGCUUUGACUCGAGCAGUCGAUUAGUUCGCCUAGAGUAAUGGAGCCGUCGUCCUACGUUGUAAAGUCCACAAAACCAGAGAAACCGAUGGAAAAUAUGCACACAAAAUUCAAAAAAUCCAAAGAAAAAAGGAUGUCGACUUGGGGCGAAGACAGUUUCAGUGCGAAAAGACCCAAAUUGGACGAAGAAUAUCAAUGCAAUGAAAAAAAACAGGAAGCGAUCAAGCCAGUAACGGAUGCCAAAGAGACGAUUCAGAAAACUUUACACAAUAUGAAAGAAAUUAUGGAAAAACUAUUGAAAAGAAAGGUGGAGCUGAAAGAAGACAGUUUCGCUCCAAAAACAGAGACACAGAUCCUUUCAGCAACGGAUCCCAAACAGAUGGACAAUAAAGGGGUAAAAAAACCGAAUGAAAAAUCAUAUCACAUUAAAAAUAUGGUAUCGAAAAGGAAGGCAAAGCAGGAAAAAGACAAUGUCCCGUCGAAAAAGCACAAGUCAAAGGAUGACCACAAUAUAGACCCCAAGGGGCAACAGUGCAGCCCAGCACCGGGUGGCUUGGUGUUAGAUCGCAGGGACCCCUUCGCGCUGACAGCCGAGGACGAGGUCCGUCUACGUAAGCGGCCUUCCAAGUUUUUCCGCAUGGGAAUUCGGAAAUCGCUACUGCACAAUUCCGCGAUCAAUAUCCCCGAACCAGCGGGGUCCCCAAAGGAGAAAGGUAUAAAAAAAUCUUUUUCGAAGUGCAAUAAUCAUUCCAAGAAACCUUUCGGAUCAAAAGCAAAAUCACAAGUAAAAAUCCUCCAAAUAAAGAAUAAAAUCGUACAGAAUGUAACGGCCGCAAAGGGAAUUGUAACAGAACCUCUUUUCGUAACCACAGAUCCCAAGUUUCUACAUCCCAAAGCUCUAUUUUUAGAGAACAUUGACCGCAUAAAAAAGAAGAAGAAAUCACCGACUCCAUUCGCGUUUGUCCGCCCGGAGACGCCAUUUUGGGAGAGCAUUGAUCAUUGUGAUUCCACAGAGCCUGCUUUAGCCGAAAAACGGAUCGAACCUUUGAUGCACCCCAUAAAAGAGGAGAACGUCUCACCAUUUCAUGUGUUUUCGGACAUGAAGAUGGAUCAAUCCCCAAGUCCUAAUGUUGUACGCCCCGACACCUCUCUUUGGGCGGGCACGAACUAUUUUGAUACCAUUGAUCCUGUUGUACCUGACAUAUGGAUGCCCUCCAUAAAAGAGGAGAAGACAUCACCGACUCCAUUUGCGUUUCUGUACGGGAAACAGUCCCCAAGUCGCAAAGUUGUACGCCCGGAGACCCCAUUUUGGGAGAGCAUUGAUCAUUGUGAUCCCACAGAGCCUGCUUUACCCGAAAAACGGAUCCAACCUUUGAUGCACCCCAUAAAACAGGAGAACGUCCCACCAUUACAUGUGUUUUCGGACAUGGACUUAUUCCCAUACCCCAAAAAAGAGGAGAACGUCUCACCAUUUCAUGUGUUUUCGGACAUGGACAUAUUCCCAUACCCCAAAAAAGAGGAGAACGUCUCACCAUUCCAUGUGUUUUCGGAUAUGGACAUAUUCCCAUACCCCAAAAAAGAGGAGAACGUCUCACCAUUUCAUGUGUUUUCGGAUAUGGACAUAUUCCCAUACCCCAAAAAAGAGGAGAACGUCUCACCAUUUCAUGUGUUUUCGGAUAUGGACAUAUUCCCAUACCCCAAAAAAGAGGAGAACGUCUCACCAUUUCAUGUGUUUUCGGAUAUGGACAUAUUCCCAUACCCCAAAAAAGAGGAGAACGUCUCACCAUUUCAUGUGUUUUCGGAUAUGGACAUAUUCCCAUACCCCAAAAAAGAGGAGAACGUCUCACCAUUUCAUGUGUUUUCGGAUAUGAAGGUGGAUCAAUCCCCAAGUUCUAAUGUUGUACGCCCCGACACCUCUCUUUGGGACACGGAUCAGUCGCCAGAUUCCAAUGUUGUCCCCAUGACCUUAUUUUGGGAGAGCACGAACCAUUUGGAUCCAAUCAUAAUAUCCAGAGAUCCUAUUUUAGCUGGAUUGCCGUUGCCAUGGCCUGUGCUGGAGACGAUUCCAGAACCCAAAAACGAGAAGCUAUCACCGAGUACAUUUGCCUUUCCGUACACCUCGUUGUGGGAGAACAUGGAUAAUAUUAAUCCCCCAGAGACACAGAGGCACCCCAUAAAAGAUGUUAUGGGGUUUCCGGACAUGGAUCAAUCUCCAGAUGCUCAGAUGCUCGCCAGAUCGCAUGAUUGGCCUCAGAACAUGGACUCCUUCGAUCCCAACGAAUGUCCCACACCAACAGACAACAGCAACGGAAUGUUUCCCCAAGUUUGGACCUUCGUAGCGCCUGUGAUGGCUGUCGACGAUAAAGUGAAGAAGGGACCGAGAACUUUACGUUUUCCCUCCAAGGUCGAUUUGUCCAGUGGUUUGCUCGCCAAAUGCCCCAAAUUGAAUAAUUCGAACACUGUUCGCACUGAGCUGCCAUCUUCAGCGAAUGCCACAAUUAAGCCUCGUCCUAGAAAGGGACCAAAAAUCAAGGCAAAAGCACCAGGGAUAAAGUAUACCAGAAAACCGAAGCCAGAGCCCGUUUUGGUGGAGGUGCCGAACGUGGAAUUUCAAUUUGUGAACUUGUGCGAUCCUGCCAACGAACAUCCCCAGGAGCUGCUGUUCACCACCACCGAUGGCAGCGAUCUCCAUGUGCCUAUCGACAACCUCAAGAAUUCAUUAGUACCAUGGAAUGGAGAGGCUAAGGUGCUCUACAUCGAGCCAUUUCCAAUACAAACGACAGUAAAGCGGCCCAGAGGCCGCCCGCCUAAGCGGACCUUAGUACCGUCCGAAAACCCUCUCCCACUCCUCGACUGUCCCAAAAGUAUGCGAACAGCUAAAUCAAAGCAAGAGCCAUUGGACGCCAUACCAAAGUUGGGUGCUGAAGAAACAGAGGCACGUCCACGGAUCACUGAUGCCGAAGAAGACGCACUCAUCGCGUAUGUGGAAGCUUUGCUUGCUGAAGAGGAUCCCAAGGAUCAGAACAUGGGUAUUGUGCUCGAAGCAGCAGAAGGUCAAGACUGAAAGCAUCAGUCCCUAAAGAUUCAACACA